GGUUUUGKCCGUUUCCUUGAUAGCAAUCGAAGGCUUGAGAUCUUGUUGGAAUUCGACGAUGAUAUUUUCUAUUGUUACUGCCUAAAAUCACACAAAAUGUCUUGGAAUCAUCCACAAGGACACCAGCCAGCCUAUAAUCCGAAUUAUGCUCCACAACAGUAUGGACAGCAGUAUGGUGGGUAUCAGCAAGGGCCUCCCCAAUACCAUGCUCCUUAUGGAGGUCCUCCUCAGGGGCCACCCCCUGGAAUAGAUCCUACACUAUGGCAUUGGUUUCAGUCUGUUGAUCAAGACAGAUCUGGAAAGAUUACAGCAAAUGAGCUACGUCAAGCAUUAGUCAAUUCAAACUGGUCAAAUUUUAAUGAAGAAACAUGCCGCCUAAUGAUAGGAAUGUUUGACAAGGACAAGUCAGGAACGAUUGAUAUUCAUGAAUUUUCUGCAUUAUGGAAUUACAUCCAGCAGUGGAAAGGUUGCUUUGACAGCUUUGACAGAGACCGAUCAGGAACUAUAGAUGCAGGAGAACUGAAUCAAGCAUUUUUGACAUUUGGUUAUAGAUUGAGUCCCCAGUUUUGUAAUUUAUGUGUGCAGAAAUUUGAUCGCCGUGACAAGAGAACAAUGAAGUUUGAUGAUUUUAUCCAGUGUUGCGUUACUCUGAAGUCACUCACAGAUGCCUUCAGACAACAUGAYCAYAACCAAUCAGGAUCAAUCACUAUAAGCUAUGAACAGUUCCUUGAGAUGGUUCUAGGCCAUACUCUAUCUGGUAUCUGAAACAUUCAGCUUCAAUGACUAAAUGACUCUGCCUAUAAUCAAGUAUACUAAACCAUUACAUCGUKUACAAAGUUACACCUGCUAAAGGAAUAUAUCUGAACAUUUGCGUUUGGAGUACUGCUGUUGCAUGUAGAUGAGGAAAGUUAGCGCAUUUUCAGUGGGGAUGUUAUAUCGUGAACUGAUAAACAUGUCGGUAUAGUUUGCAAAAAUAAUUAUGGCAUAUAACUUUCCCCACAAAAACUUUAGUUUAUGCUGUUUUUGCUUUUUCUCUCUCUCUCUCUCUCUCGACAUUGGAAAGUAAUUUUUACAAUGUAGUGUUCACACCAACUUUUAAACAUUCAGUAAUGUUAUAAUAUUAUACAUUUAAUUUUUAAACGAAGAUAUCUUUUUUGCUCAGAUUAAUCAGUUAGUAGAGUUAUAACCCAUAUUAUCAGAUAUGAGGAAAACUCGGAUUGCUUGGAGUUUCACUACUUCUGAAGAUCCCGUCUCGAUGGUACUUUCUCCGCUSUUCMCUAUGUUGCUUUUGUUCCGGAUUUCAGCUUUCUUUGAGCUUGUUAAUCGUACAUGAAGACAGCAUWUUGCUAACAAUUUUUUAACAUUUUCGCGGUAAAUGUUGUUGAAUUUAAGAUAAAUAAAAAAGUUGUACGCAAGGCUUGCGUGUAACAUAAAAAAUGUUGCCACCAUUAGAUCCUCUCGGGAGGAAAACGAAAGAUUAUUCAACAGUCCAUGGCUGAACAAAAUAGAAACAAUGAAAUGUAGCCCAUAGCUAAGAUACAACAGUACUACUAUAGCUACGGACAUUUUUAAAACAUUCUUGUUUUGUCUUUGUCUCCGUUUCGCUGUCCUUUCAAUGCUCUCUCCAGGGACUUCGCGAGUGUAAAGUUUGUAGACAAUUAGUGCGUAAGUUAUUGUUACAGCCAGAGCUGGAAAAGCUGCACUUAGUGAAAGAGAAGCAUUUCGGAACUUCACAAAUAUGGAGAACACUUUUGAAAGAUGGCGGCAGUAGUACAGUCCGUUUUGCUUAAAAAUACUAAAGAAAUACAAGUAGGGCGAGUUGAGCAAACCCGAGAGGGUCCAAAUCGCUACUAUGAUGUACUUUAUCCUUAGCUGCAAGGGUCUUUUCAGUGGAUUGGCUACAGCGUGAUACCGAUCGACUGCGAUAAAGACACAACUGUAAAAUGAAACAGUCGACGAGACUUCUCCGGCAAAUGGCGUCAUUUUACACAAAGCAUUACCAAUUUCACCACCUAUGAGCCAUCUGCUGUUGAAGUUUAUGUAAACAAUUUGAAGAGGAGUUCCGAAAAGAGUUGAAAUAAGAUCACUUACAGCCAUGUUUGUCACCAA